ACUUGGUGAUGGUAGAAUUUUCGAUAAUAAAAAUCUGCUUUUCCCUCCCCUACCCCCUCUUUAUUUUUUAUGAGCGGUUUUUCGUCAAAAAGGCUGCAACUUCCUUUCCAGGUGUUUCUUCUCCUCGUCUUCUUGGAUGCUCCGAAGCUUACUCUGUAGGCAGGAGCCAAGAGAAUGUGAGGAGAUAUAACUCUUCAUUCCAUUUGAACAUUUCUAUGAUAAAAGCUCUACAGUGAUAGAGGAAGCAGUUGUGAGCAGUUCUUUUUUUUAACCUGCAAAUUGCUGUGAAGUGAUGGAUUAAGCGAAGCUCCUAUUGUACAGAUAAUCUUUUUAAUGGAUGAAUUCAUUGAUCACUUAUUAUCAUCCUCAUCAUGGUCAGAUGUGAAUGCAGCUGAAAAAUCUUGGCUUUGCAGUGGAUCUGCUCAAACCAAUGGGUUACUCCCUGAUUCUAUAAGCUUGAUUCCCACUAAUCAACUUAUUGAGAAUUUAGCUGCACAAGGUGCUUCAACUGUUCUUGUUGGUGGUGGUUCCAUCUGUGCUUCUGGAAUGGGUUUAAUUCCCAGAGAAGAGGUGCUUCAUUUGGCUGGCAGUUCGGCCAAGUCACCUACUGCAAUACCGGAGUCUGAUUCUGUUGGAAGCAACAGCAAUGAACUAUCUGCGUGUCAACAAGCCCUUGGAGAUUCUUCGAUUGCACAGCUGUGGCCUUCGCAAUCCUACAUGACUGCGCCUUCCUCCUCUCCUGUCUUAGGACAAGAUAAACUACAAGGACUUGGUUUGCAAGAAGAAUUUGUAGAUACUGAUAAUAGUUUUUUGGGGAGCAAAUACCUUGGGGAUGAUAAAAUUCUGAAAAUGGACAAUGUGCCUGCAUCAGUGUCAAUAAAUGGGCAAGAUGAGCUACAAAAUGAUCAUUUGGCCUCUUUUGUCACUGGGCCCCUGAUAACAAUGCCGGUAACUGCUGGGUUUAAUUCUCAAUUGGAGGUGCUAAAAGUGUCACACUUGAGUGAAGGAAAUUCCAUGAAGCAGUAUACAUACCAGGGUCCUGCUUCUCAGUCGGCCCCCGUAGUUGGGGGUUGUAAUGGAACUGUAAAGCCUCGUGUUAGAGCACGCCGUGGUCAGGCCACUGAUCCACACAGUAUUGCUGAACGGCUUCGGAGAGAAAAAAUUGCUGAAAGAAUGAAGAAUUUGCAAGAACUUGUACCAAAUUCUAACAAGACAGAUAAGGCAUCAAUGCUGGAUGAAAUUAUUGAGUAUGUCAAAUUUCUUCAGCUUCAAGUCAAGGUCUUGAGCAUGAGCAGGCUGGGAGCAGCAGGGGCAGUUGUUCCUCUCAUCACUGAUGGUCAAGCUGAGGGAUCAAGUGGUAUACUACUAUCAUCAUCAACUGGUCAGGCAGCUGAUCCUUCAAAAUCCAUAGAUAAUAUUGCCUUUGAGCAGGAAGUGGCAAAACUGAUGGAAUCCAAUGUCACCAUAGCCAUGCAAUAUCUUCAGAGCAAAGGACUCUGUCUCAUGCCGAUUGCUCUUGCAACUGCCAUCUCUGGGAGCAAGCCAUCGCUGAGCCGUAUCUUUGGUGAGAUGAAGAAACCCAGUUUUGUUCCUCAUAACAACAGCUCACUUGAUACUGGGGUUGGGCAAAUGUCCUCUGGUGGUGAGGUUUUGACCAAGGAUAAUGCAGUGGGGAUCUACAAUAAACAAGGCAUCACAACCAAUGGUUGCAUUGUUGUCAAUCAAGAAGAGAUGAACACUUCAUGCAAUACUAGAGAACUGAAACCUGAGGCAUAGCUGGGACAUCCUCUCUCUCUCUCGCAACCCCCACAUUUUUGUUGAGAUUAUUAGUCUAAACAUUCUCUCUCUGUCUCUCUCUCUCUGUCAAUCUUUUUUUUUUUUUUUUUUUUUUGUGGUUCUUUUCUGAGUAUACGAUGAGGUAAGUAGGUACAGAGUACAAAGAUCAGUAUAUAUCAAUAAGUACUUUGUGACUUUCCUGACAUGUAUGUAUGACUCUGUAAUUCCUUGUGAUGUAAUGAAAUAGUUUGCUCAACUUAACCAUUUUAUUUUA